AUGAUUAACGUGUAUGCUCCCCAGGACGAAUCUGCCAAGAGAGAUGCUUGGAGAUUUCUUUCCAGCUAUAUUUCCUCUUGUGACAGUAAUGUGAUUGUGUUCGGCGACUUCAAUUCUAUCCAGAACAGUAGUGAAAGGAUCGGUUCUAAUUUCUCACAAUGCAAUGCAGACUGUUUUAAUUCUUUUAUUAGAGACAAUGAUUUGGUUGAUAUUCUGCUGGGUGGAUAUAAAUUUACUCGUGUUGGGGCGUCCUCCGCUGCCAAAUUGGAUCGGUUUCUCAUCUCGCGUCAGAUUGGGACUAAUAUGGGGAACCAUCUUGCUAUAGUUCUUGAUCGUAAUGUGUCUGAUCACCAUCCUAUUCUUCUGUUUCAAAAGACACUAGAUUUUGGGCCUAUCCCAUUCAAAGUGUUUAAUUCUUGGUCACGGCUAAGGCUUAAACAUUUAAAAGCUGCUAUUAAAGAUUGGCUUCAUGCUAAGAAUAAUGGAAAUGAGAUUGUCGACCUUAAAGCAAAACUAGUAGAGUUAGAUCAUGCUUUUGACAGUGGAAUGAUAGACGAUAAUUAUGCGGCUGAUAGAAAAGAGGUGGUCCACGAUAUUAUGGAGGCUGGGCUAAGGGCUGCUCUAGACAUCAAGCAAAAAUCUAGAAUUAAUUGGAGUGUUGAAACGGACGAGAACUCGCGUUUUUUUCAUUCUUAUGUCAAUAAGUCAAGGAAGUCUCUUGCCAUCCAAGGAAUUAAAGUCGAAGGUGUGUGGAUGGACUGGCUUACUGAUGUCAAACAAGCUUUUUAUGAUCACUUCACAUCCAGUUUCAAACGACAACCUUGCUUGCAACUGGUGAAUAGGAACAACAGGUUUAAAUCUUUAUCACAAGAUCAAGUGAUGUUUUUAGAGCGUAAAACCAAUGAAACAUAA